UCUCUUUUUGCUGAUCCGACACCAAUCCAUCUCCAUUCCGGACGGAACGAGGCCCGGGGAUUUCUCGGAGGAGAACCCCGCUAAGCCCCCCGAGCUGGGCUGGAAGGGGCCGCCGCCGCCGCCAGGGGGAGGAGCCAGAAGGCGGGGCCGGCAAGGAGCGAGCGAGCCAGACAGGAGCUUGGAGGAAAGGGAGAGAGCGGAGCGCUCGACUCGGAGGAGACAAAGAGUCCCGGCACCGCCCGCGUGGAGGCUACGGCUCCGGGCGAUGGGCAAGGCGAGCGCUGGCCAACACGCCGGACCCUGCGCUCCCUGAUCGCCGACAGAGCGCUCCGCGACUGUGUCCCUGCAGUGCCGGACCGAAGGCUAGGGAUGGCUCUUCCGAUUCCCGAAGAUGGGGCUCCCACCGGCGAUCCCUGAACUCAGCGCUGGAGGCGACGGGAAGGCGGAGAGACCCACUUGCAGCCCGUUCCUGUUAACGCGAGGAAGAGAAGGCGCCGCCGACCUGCCCGGGCUGCGCGCUCAGAGAGAGAAUUCCUGUCAGUACUGCUGUUGGUCCCCAAAUGCCCUGACCCAGCGAUGGGAAGAAGUUGGGCUGGGUGCUGGUGUUACUGGUCGUGUCACCCCAAGUAUCCGAGAACUCUGCCCCUCCAAGAAGAGAGUGCAGGCCGUGCCCACCAGCCUUCUCAACACCCUCCUGUCCUCCACUGGGCGCCUUUAGGGGCAAGAACUCCCCCUCUGUGAAAGACCCAAGUUUGUUCCUGCAUCCAGUGAAGUGAUUCCAUGGCAACGGCUGCAGAGAGCGUGCUGGAGGCUGCGUGACUGGAAAGGGCUGAGCUGCUGCAGCACACGGGCCUUGGCUCACAAUUUUAUUGCCUUGAUUAAAAAAUGCCAAGGAUGGCACCUGGAUUGUAGUGUGGCUAAGAGCGGGUUCUGUCCAUUACUUGCCGAAAGUGAGACAGUACGUUCAGAUGAAAGCACAGGGGAGGUUUUGGAGCUAAUCAACAUGACUGGGCCACAAGGGAAACAGAGACAAAUUCAUCUGCAGAACUAAGCUGUUCCUCCUGCCUGUUGCAGAAGAUCAGAGAGAGGGUUCCCACCCACCCCGGCCAGAGCUGAAGAUCCUCGUUUCCAAAACCUGUUGAGAGAAACUUCUAAGGGCCCUCCACCAUUUCUAAGGCGUGAAGAUGGUGAUGUCCCACGGCACCUACACCUUCCUCACCUGCUUUGCUGGCUUCUGGCUUAUCUGGGGGCUCAUUGUGUUGCUGUGUUGCUUCUGCAGCUACCUGCGGCGGCGCAUGAAACGGCGGCAGGAGGAGCGGCUGCGGGAGCAACACCUGCGCACCCUGGAGAUGGAACCCCUGCACUAUGAGGGUUAUGGAGGCCCUGCUUAUGGGGGCCCUGCCUAUGGAGGAGGUUACAUGAGAAGCCCACCAGGCAUUGCUGUGCCCCACCGAAUCCGUAUUGAGCCGCAUCGCCCCCACCUCCCACCCCCGAGGCCCUGGAGCUGCAGGCAUGAGCCGGAUCCAUCCAAGCCCCCUUGCUAUGAGGAAGCAGUGCUGAUGGCUGAGCCCCCCCCACCUUACAGUGAAGUACUGACAGACACACGUGGCUUGUACCGCAAGAUCAACGCUCCCUUCCUGAGCCAUGAGCCACCAGAGAAGCAGGAGCAGCCACCCAGCUAUAAGCCCCUCUUCUUGGACCGGGGCUAUGGCUCAGCCCUCCACCUGUCUAGCUCAGCCAGCCGGGGUCCCACGUGCACCAAUAUCUACCUGGAGUCGGAGCAUGCGCAGCGCAUCUUCCCAAGCUGGACAGACUCAGAACUCAGCACCCGAGACAGCUAUGAGCCUGGGCCCUGGCACCUGCCUGUCUCGAUGCCUUUAUUUGGCAGGACUACGGCAGUUUAAUAUGCCAGGCGUGCCAUAUGCUGCGUGGGACUGUGGCUGCUGCACAGAAGCUGGAUCCUGGCAGCCUGUUUCCCUUGGGCUGUAGGAGCGACAAGCCCCUGAGCCCAAGCCUUCCAGCCAUGCCUGGGCCACAGGCCUUCACAGUUGCUAUUGACCUCCUGGCUGGGGUGAGGUUGGGGCUGGUCUCCCCAAUCUCGCCCACUCCCUUUUUCUGGGCCCACUACAGGCUCUGUUGGUGCUGACUGCAAGGUGGCCUCUGACUUGGCCUAAACUUUGUUUCCUAUUUUUUUGUUUGUUACAUUUUGACAAUAAUAAAGUUUGUGGAACCUGA